CGGGACGGCGGGACGGCGGCGGGCGGCGGGCGGCGGCCGCGCGGGUUUCUCCGCGGGCGGGUCCCGCGGCCGCGGGGGCCGCCGCAGGCAGCGGGCGACGCCUCUCACAGGGACUGGCCGCUGCCGCGGCGUCUGGGAAAGGGAACCGCCGCAGGGACCCUGCCGGCUAGAGGAGCGCGAGGCCCAGCGGACGAGCGGAAGCAGCUCGGCGUCCUCGCGGUCCGAGCCGUCAUAAACGGCCGAGAUCUCCUGGCUUGCACUCCGCCGCUCCGCUUCCUCUCCGUGCCCCGGGCCCGCCGCGGCGGAGAGGCGGCCGGAGCACAGGGCGAGGGCGGCCACCGCGAGGCUGAUGCCGAGGACCGGCUGGACGAUGUACAGACCAGCAGCGCGUCGAGCGCAGCGCCGGGCGGAGCGGUCUCCGAGCAAAUCGACUGGAUCGUGGUCGCGUUGGUCUCCCUGCGCUCCUUGGGGCAGCACCGGCUCGGAGGCCGUGCUGCAGCCCCGGCAGACGUGCCGGCCCCGCGGACCCUGGGCGCAGGCGCUGCGCAGGCACUCGGCGCAGCACCGGGCCCGGAGCGCCGUGCCGCAGGCGCAGCGGUCGCAGGGCACGGCGCGGCAGGCCCAUCGCCUGCAGCCGCGUGGCCACCGUUGGGGCCGGGGGCAGGCAGGCGCCCUCGGUGUCGCAGCGGAACGCGGUGCCGUUGACGGCGCACGCCGGCAGCCUGGCGCGCCCGGGCUCCCCCCUGAGGGCCUCGGUGGUCGCAGCCCUUGCAGACGACCUCGUAGCUGCCGCGCACGGGCGGCUCCGGCAUGCCGUUCUGCUGGAUCUGCAGGCACAGCUCGCAGCAAGGCACGCUCUGGACCCACAGGGCCUCUGGCUGAUGGGAACUGCGCGGGCAUAGCCUCCUGAUGCCUGCGCGCCACUGCCGCAGGUCCCGCAGUCGUACACCACCUGCUGGAGGGGCUCGUCGGAUCUGGAAACGGGGGCGUCCACGCAGCCGCCAGGCACAUUGCAAUCCAAAUUCAAGGCGCUCGCGUCGAAAGUACACACAACCCCGUGAUGCGACCCGAGGCGUUCCCAGAACUGCCUGCUUUCGCCCGAGCAUGCGGGAGAAGACGUGUACUGCUGCCGCGUCAGAUCGCACCCAGCCAGUUCCCCCAUGGCCAGGUCCAACGCUAGCGCGACCCUGAAGAACCACUGCGGGGAUGAGCCCCGUUGCAUCCGGGAAAACGAGCUGAAAAGCAAAACUCACUUGCCGUGAGCCGAUAACUGUUAAGAGCGAAUGCGCCCGCCGCUUCGUUAAUCCCAU